AUCCUUUUUUUUUCUCUGUCUUAUAAAACUAUAUCAGUUGUAUUAUGGGCACUGUGGAAUGAUCCAACCAAUCAUAAUGUCUAAGUAUGUUCAAGAAAUGUCAAUUGACGGGGAUGAACCCCCUCCAAGAUUUAUUAUCAAACAAAUUCCAAAUCCUAAUCCUCCAUUAACUUCAAUUCCUAUCAUUGAUCUAAGUCUACUAUCUUCAUCAUCUUCACCAUAUUCUGAACAAAUACAAGAGCUUCAAAACCUUAAAGAAGCUCUAAGUUCUUGGGGUUGCUUUCAGGCCACAGGUCAUGGGAUUUCGUGCAUAUUCCUUGACAAAAUACGAGAAGUCAGUAAACAGUUCUUCGGACUUGCGACAAUGGAGAAACAGAAGUAUGGUCGGGCAGUGAAUGAUAUUGAAGGAUAUGGAAAUGACCCUGUUCUUUCUGAUAAUCAAGUUUAUGAUUGGUCCGAUCGUCUCUUCCUUAAUUUAAUCCCACAUCAUUCUAGAAAACUUCAACUUUGGCCAACCAAUCCAACUCAAUUCAGGGAAAUAUUGAGCGAAUAUUCAGAAAAAAUGAAAGAAAUGGCAGAGCUUCUACUUAAGGCUAUGGCAAGAUCAUUGAAUUUAGAAGAGAACUGUUUCUUGAAACAAUAUGAAAAACAAGAGCAAAUGGCAGCAAGGUUUAAUUACUAUCCUAAAUGUCCAAAACCAGAGUCAGUUCUUGGUGUGAAAGCUCAUUCAGAUGGAUCCGCCAUAACUAUUCUCUUACAAGACAAACAAGUAGAAGGUCUUCAAAUUUUUAAAGAUGACCAAUGGUAUAAAGUUCCAAUUAUUCCUCAUGCUCUUCUUGUCAAUCUAGGAGAUCAAAUGCAGAUAAUGAGCAAUGGAAUUUUGAAAAGCCCAAUUCACAGGGUAUCAACAAGUUCAGAAAAGAAUAGAAUAUCUAUUGCAGUAUUCCACUUGCCUAAUUCAGAAGUGGAGAUUGAACCAAUUCAAGAUUUGGUUGAUGAGAAAAGACCUCAACAAUAUCGGAAGCUCACAAAUUAUGGUGCUAUCAACUUUCAAUGCUUCCAAAGUGGAAAGAUUGCUCUUGAUUCUGUCAAGAUCUGACUUUCACUUGCUUUUAUUGUUAAUACUCUUCUUUUCUUUUUUUAAUAAAUUGGCCUCAAAUUCACAUUUGAAUUCUUUCUUUGACAUUUGAAGUUGGUAUCUUAUGAAUUGUAAAAUUAAUUACAAUCAUGAAUUGAAUUUAUAUUAUUUCUACCCAUA